AUGGACUGCUUCAAGAAUGAUUCCGACUAUGCUCUUUUAGGGUCAAUGGUGAAAUCAUAUCUACAAAGAAGAUCAUUUCAGAAUAUUCGAAAGAGUAAUGAAUUACAAAGAAAAGAAGUAUUCAAAGAGAUUUAUACGACCGAGAGGUUCUACAAAGAUCAACUACUAUCAAUCAUUGAAAUAUUCCUAAAACCAAUGAUGUUAUUGACAAAGGAAGGUUCAUCAAAAGAUAAAGAAGCUUCAAAAGAAAAGGAUUAUUCCUCUUCCUCUGCGUCAUCUUUAUCAUCACUGUCAUUAUCCAACUCCAACAACAAUGAAAAUAGUAUUGGAAGUAGCGGCGGCAACGGAUCAAACAGUAACAGUGGAUUCAUCAAUAAUAAUUACAAUAAUAAUAAUAAUAAUGGAGCGAAUAAUAGUAGUUUAAAUCCACUACAUCUUAAAGACAAAGAUAAUAGUAUAGGUGGAGGAAACAAUAAUAAUAAUAAUGGUAGUGGUAGUAGUAAUAAUAAUAAUAUUAAUUGGGGUAUAACAGAGAAUCAGAUACAUGCAAUAUUUUCACAUAUUGAAAGUAUUUAUAAUCUUUCGAGUAUGUUGUUUGAUCGAAUUGAAACACGAUACAAAGAGUCUAGUGAGAAUAUUGGUGAUAUCUUUAUAGAUAUGGCUCCAUUCUUUAAAGUAUACAAAUCAUUCUCUGAAAACUAUCCAACAUCGAUCGAGACACUCAAGAAUCUCAAACAAUCCAACACACAUGUCUCCAACUGGCUCAAACAACGUGAAAAAGAUCCACGUUGUCGAUCACUCGAUUUGGCAUCACUGUUGAUUGCACCGAUUCAGAGAAUGCCACGAUACAUCCUCUUACUCGAAGCACUCUACAAAGUGACACCACCACAUCAUCCCGAUUGGAAACGAUGUUCAACUGCAUCCAAUAUAUUAAAAUCCGUAGUACAAGUUGUAAACGAUGGUAUUCACGAAGAUAUUAAUAGAAGGAAAUUAAUUCAAUUACAAUCUGUUUUUGAUCUACAUUCAAAACUUGGUUUUGGUGCUUUAUCAAAUCAAAAUAUAGUUGAACCACAUCGAAAAUUAAUUAAAGAAGGAAAAUUACAAAAGAAAUCAAUGAGAGAUCAAAAGAUCCAAAGUAGAUUGGUGUAUCUGUGCAAUGAUCUAUUUAUAACCAUUACACCUCUCCCAAAACCAAUUCAAGCUGCUUCUAUUAACAAAGUAGAUAAAAUCAUUCCAUUGGUUACUGCUUCCAUUAUCUUUGAUUCUGAAGAUGAUUUAUCAUUUUAUUUAAUUAGUCCUAUUAAAAGUCACCAAUUCAUUUGUGAAAGUGCAAAAGCAAGAGCUCAAUGGUUAUUAGAUAUACAAACAACCAUUUUAAAUCUAAUUGAAUCAAAUCCAUUAUUAAGACAACAAAGAGAUCAAUGGAGUAUUAUACAUCAAAAUGGUAAAUGGAAAGCAGUUUCUGAAAUUCCAAAAACAACACCUGAACAAGAAAGUAAUGUUGGACAUUCAAUCGAGAGUUUUCAUCAUGAACCUCUUAUUAAAAAUAAUACCUAUCUCUUAAACAAUGAUGGAAAACUAUUACAACAACAACAACACCACCGUUCCUCUCCUUCACAGAGUUCACCAAGCAAAGCAAUCAACCUCUCUGGAAAAUCCAAACAACAACAACAUCACAGCGAAGGGUCACCACCAAUUGGCAGUAAAUCACCCAUUGAAAAGGACUGGGUACACGGCAACAAACACCACCAAAGCAGAAAUUUGGAAAAGGCAUCAUCUGCCUUUUUAAUGUCACCAAGAUCCUCACCUCUAAUAAUGAUGAGUGGUCCAUUAAAACAACAUUUAGAUUCUGAUGAUGAUGAUUAA